AUGUCGAGCUCCAUGGAGGCGCGGCCGCUUAUGUCGGCCUUGGAGAGCCCGACGUUUGAGGAGGACAGCUCAAUCCGAGUAGAACAGCCGGUCGGGGCAAUAUCAAUAUCUCCUUGUGGGCGCGAUGUGGUACUAGCGUCCAAGGAAGGUCUGCAUGUCAUUGAUCUGGAUUCCCCAUAUUCUCCGCCCCGCUAUCUGCCUCAUCAUACAUCAUGGGAGGUUGCCGAUGUUCAAUGGUCACCCUUCGCCUCCCGUGACUAUUGGGUGGUAAGCACAUCUAACCAAAAAGCCCUGGUCUGGAAUUUAGCCAUGAAGACAUGGCAGAACUCCAUUGAGUUUGUGCUGCAUGCACAUUCCCGCGCUAUUACCGAUAUCAAUUUCUCUGCGUUUCAUCCGGAUCUUCUCGCUACCUGUGCAGUCGACAGCUUUGUACAUUGUUGGGACUUACGAUCUCCUUCUCGUCCAGCUAUCUCGUUUUCGGAUUGGUUCACUGGCGCGACCCAGGUGAAAUGGAAUCGACAAGAUCCACACGUCAUUGCCAGUUCGCAUGACAGAUUUCUUCGUAUUUGGGACGAUCGUAUGGGCGCAUAUCCUAUCAAGUCUAUCGAGGCUCACGACACAAAAAUUUAUGGUGUGGAUUGGAACAGAGUCCGCAGGGGCGCUUUGACGACAUGUUCGCUUGAUAAGACCAUUAAGUUCUGGGACUAUACGUCUGAUAGUGAUGCUCCAGAAAAGAUGAUUAAGACACCAUUUCCGAUAUGGCGUGCCAGAAAUACUCCAUUUGGUUGGGGCGUAGCUGCCAUGCCGCAACGGGGGAAUGGUGAUCUUCACCUUUAUAGUCGACGCGCCGGAGAUGGUAGCGAUUCAAACGGGGAUCUACCCUUGGUGCAUAGCUUCCCCGGUCACAAAGGCCAAAUCAAAGAAUUUCUUUGGAGACCGCGUGGUGGUGUGGACGAUGGGAUCGACCACCGAGAAUUUCAACUCGUCACAUGGGGUACGGACCGAGAACUUCGCCUACAUCGUGUCAAUCCUGAGAUUCUAGAGCGGGUUGGAUACGAGAAAGGCAAAUCCUUCAUUUCUACUCGGAACGUAACUCGCCUGGGAGCAGUCUAUCGCAGUUUCAGAGAUGUCAAUUCAGAUUUAGAUUUGGAUUUGGACUUGGAAGAACUUGACUCGGCAUCUUCAUUCCAGAAUCAAGCGAGCACGGAUUACGCCGGGGGCCCUGGAAUGAAUGCCAUUUCAGUUCCCCAUGCUCAUGGGUGGACAAAAGGUGCUCAUGUUGAUACUCGCAUGGGGAUGCAGCCACGUUCAAACCUGAGAGCAGAUACAAACCCAAUUGCAUGGAUGCGCGGUGUGAAGAUAUCAGGUUGGGAUAUCGAAACCCUGGGGGAUGAGAUUAGCCACGUUGGAGAGAAAUUCACCAAAGUUUCAUUUGACUCUGUGGACGUCCGUCAAAGGAAGAUUUGCAUUUCUUUGAAUGGACCAUGGAGUGCGAAUGCCGACUCAAUAUUCUUGAAAGUGGACAUCAAAUUCCCCGUCAGCUAUCCGAAGACUUCUAUCCCCACAUUUAAUUGCCAGAGAACGACAGGCGUCACCGAUGAAUUGGCUAGUAGGAUUUCCGCUGAACUGCGAACCAUAGCGGAAACAUACAUGUCUCGGAAACGAGGUUGUCUGGAAGGUGCUGUGCGUUAUCUUCUGGGCGAGAGCACUCUAGAAGAGAGCGUCGCAUGGAUUUUGGGCGAAACUGGCGAAAAUGUCAAAUCUCCUAUCAAUGGCGAAUUGGAAGGUGAGUCUAGCGAUGAAGACGAGGUCGGAAUGACACAGAGCCAGGAGCUAGGAAUGAGCUCUGAAUUGCUUCGCCCCGUGAACGCGAAUGUUAUGGUGCCUGUCGCAAAAGCAUGUGGCGCAUUAUGGGCAAAUGACGGUCGUCUUAUCUGCUUUUUCCCUCCCAAAAAAGACAAGUCAACGGCAUUAUUUGAAAAUCUUGGUUUCAAAGAAAUGAGCAGGUUGUCACGCACAGGUAAGGUUUUCGAAGGUUUCGGGCGCCUGCAGACCAGUUCUCCGGGCCCUCGUACGACCGGUACUGGCAUGAGCACAGAUGACGGUGCAUCUGACUACUCCGAUGAUUCGUACACCGAGACUUCAAGCUCCUCGGGCUCUUCUGAUAUUCUGUCUGGGCUGCCGACAACUCGCUUCCAGCCACCACAAACCUGGCGCAGUGCCGGUAGCAUGGGAAUUUACCGACCUCGGUCUAUGGAUCAUUCGCAGCGGUCUCUCGGUGGCGGAGUGACAGCUAAACCAGCCGAACCAGUCCAAAAUGUGAUUUCCAUUCAUGAUCUGAGCGAUAUGUUGCCUGUCAAACGAGAGUUGGCUAGUAAGUACCGCAUCUGCGGCAAGGGAACAGACGUGUGCGCGCACAAUGCUGCAGUCGCCCUUGAUGCUGGAUGCUACGAGUUGGCCCAAAUUUGGGGCCUCAUUAAACUAAUUUUACAUGUCCGAAGAAGGCCUGGCUCUCCCAAUGAAUCCAAAAUAGGGCCAAGGCGGGGGGGCCUAAAGAGGCAAAUUUCUGAUUACAGUUAUAACUCGGAGAAGGAUGGACUGUAUAAGAAUGUGGCAAACAGCGUCAUUCGCUGGGGUGAUCAUCCUAUGGGUAGCCACUGGUUGGUUCCAGCUCUUUUCGACCAUUUUGAACGCAUCGGCGACGUGCAAAUGAUUGCAAUGCUCUCCUGUGUGUUAUUUGAGGCGAGCCAUGAAACUCAUCCAGAAAAGGCAAAAGAGGAACAGACUGAACAACAGGCUUCCCCGGUGGAAAUCUCAUCCGCCGCGUCGACUUUACAAAACAAAUCCCAAGCUGCCACCCCUGCUUCCUCAGUCCCAAGAGACCCUCAAGCCAUUCCUCAUACAUCGGCGCGAUCAUCGAGCGAGCUUUGGCGAGUUGACUCUUCACCCCCUCAUUCUACAGGAACCACGCCUCCGCAUAUUUCUCGACCACGGGGUAUAGAAAAUGACCGAAAGGCUCAAAGCCACAAUGUAUCUAUAGCUGCCUCGCCUGACCAACAAUCCAAUCCACGGAGUGGGUCCGGGUUCGGCUCCGUUCUAGCCUCCUCAUUGUCACGCUCAUUCACGUUUGGGCCAUCGUCGGCAUCUCCGCCUGUCAAUCAAGUCAUCAAGAAGAAACAGAGCCCUAGGGACAGCCCGAGUGUCGCCACUAUACCAGCAACUCAAUCCGAUACAGAGAGCGACCGUCCCCAGUCCGUGAAGCGUACAACACGAUUCAAGGUCACAUUCAAGAACCAGAAUGCAUUUAGCAGCGACGACACGAGCCCCGAUUCUUCCCUUCUAGAUCGAAGUAAAGAAGGGCUAUGGAAAUCCUAUCGCGCUGCAUAUGCCGACAUUUUAUCUAUGUGGGAUCUUCCCAUUCAACGAGCUGAAGUGAUGAAGAUUGGCACAGUGUCAGAUCAGACUGAAAACUGGCGCACAAGCCAGUAUUGGAAAAGCCAUAGUUCCAAAAUUUCUUCAAUCACCGAAUCACCUCCAUCUGAAACUCCUCCUGAUCUGGAAGGCCUUGAUUUCCAGCGCCACUGCGCGAACUGUGGCCACCCUCUUCAGACCUCCAUUUUCGCUUCAACGCCCGUGGCCCCUGAUACUCCUUCCAAGCACAAUAAGCAGUCGAGUUCCCGUCGAUGCCCAAAUUGUAACCCGCGCCAACCACUACCCACCAAUCUCCCUUGCAUUAUUUGCGGUGAAGUCGUUGACGGAAUGCUGGUUCCUUGUCUUAGCUGCGGCCAUGUAAGCUGCUUCGACUGCCAUCAACGAUGGUUCCUUCCACUCAAUACUCUCGCCAAGAAACAUGAUGCUAUUCCUCCCCCAUCAUGCCCUUCGGGAUGUGGCUGUAAUUGUUCCGAACAUAUUGCAGCUGAUAUGCCUAUGCCCAUGCCGCCGAUUGAGCCUGUUUCCCCUGAGCCCCAGGCAAGUCCUAGCGGACACUCUCGAGCAAUUUCUCAAGAUAAACGUCAUCGUCGCCGCCAGUCUGAACCUGCAGCUAAGAAUAAAUCGGGUGCAAAUACCCCGACUGGCAAAGUGGGGCCGGGCCAUGAAGAUGAUCUAGACAUGUGGCAAACUUCUUCGCCCUUUGCGUCUCUUGCGCGGGGAAUGGGUGGUGGACUUAGCCAGGGUUUGCGUUCUAGAGAUGAUAGGAGGAAGAAUCGCUCUGUGGCUAUUAAUACGCCUAAGCGUAGAUAG